AUGACCACCGAGACCGCCAAUAACGACCCAACAAUGGCUGCAAAUGCCACCGCCGCAAAAUCACAAG